AUGCCCUACUCACUCAAGAACCGCAAUGUCCUCGUCACCGGCGGCUCCCGCGGUCUCGGCGCCCUCAUUUGCGAGAAGUUCGCCGCCGAGGGCUGCAAUGUCAUCGUGAACUACGUCUCGGCGGAAGAUCGCGCCAAGGAGGUCGUUGCGAAAUGCGAGAAGGCAGGAGUGAAGGCUUUUGCUGUCAAAGGUGACGCCGGCAGUCCUGAGGACAAUGCCAGACUCGUGAAAGAAACAGUUGAGAAGCUGGGCGGCAUCGACAUCAUCAUCGCCAACGCGGGAUGGACGCGCUUCUCUGACUUCAAAGACCUCAACGCCCUCAGCACCGAGGAGUGGAAUAAGGCACGUCUCGCCGACCAACCUGAGCUCCUUAGGAUGGUCUCUUGCUGGGCUUGCAACGUCAUGUGCCACCUGCAACUCAUGCAAGCCGCUGGCCCGAUCUUCAACUCUAAUCCGGACGGUGGCGUGUACCUGAUUACAUCUUCCAUCGCCGGCCGGACCACAGCAGGCAGUAGCAUGGCCUACUCCGUGACCAAAGCCGCCGGAUUGCAGCUCAUGCGUUGCAUCGCCACCACGCAAGGGCCGAAGACGCGAAUCAACAGUAUCCUGCCCGGACUGCUGUUGACGGAAUGGGGUAUGCAGUACAGCAAGGAACGCCAGGAGGCUAUCAACAACAUGUCGGCGUUGAAGCAUGAGACGUAUCUGGACGACUGUGCCGACGCAUUCAUAUCUGCAGCCAAGAACAGCUCGAUGACCGGACAGCAGAUUACCGUUGAUGCUGGGAUCGCGAUCUGA